AUGUCGGCGAAGGAGAGGCCAAAGGGCAAAGUGGUCAAGGACAGCGUCACCCUCCUGCCCUGCUUCUAUUUUGUGGAGCUGCCGAUCCUGGCCUCGUCGGUGGUCAGCCUGUACUUCCUGGAGCUCACGGACGUCUUCAAGCCCGUGCACUCGGGGUUCAGCUGCUAUGACCGCAGCCUCAGCAUGCCGUACAUCGAGCCCACCCAGGAGGCCAUCCCGCUCCUCAUGCUGCUGAGCCUGGCUUUCGCGGGGCCUGCGAUUACGAUCAUGGUGGGGGAAGGCAUUCUCUACUGCUGCCUGGCCAAGAGGAGGAGCGGCGUGGGCCUGGAGCCCAACAUCAACGCGGGGGGCUGCAACUUCAACUCCUUCCUCAGGAGGGCCGUCCGGUUCGUCGGUGUCCACGUGUUCGGCCUGUGCUCCACGGCCCUCAUCACGGACAUCAUCCAGCUGUCCACGGGGUACCAGGCGCCCUACUUCCUGACGGUGUGCAAGCCCAACUACACCUCCCUGAACGUCUCCUGCAAAGAAAACUCCUACAUCGUGGAGGACAUCUGCUCGGGCUCGGACCUCACCGUCAUCAACAGCGGCAGAAAAUCAUUCCCGUCCCAGCACGCGACCCUCGCUGCCUUUGCCGCUGUGUACGUGUCGAUGUACUUCAACUCCACGUUAACGGACUCCUCGAAGCUCCUGAAGCCCCUCUUGGUCUUCACGUUCGUCAUCUGCGGCAUCAUCUGCGGGCUGACGCGGAUAACGCAGUACAAGAACCAUCCCGUCGACGUCUACUGUGGCUUCUUGAUCGGAGGAGGAAUCGCGCUGUACUUGGGCCUGUACGCCGUGGGGAACUUCCUGCCGAGCGAGGAGAGCCUGCAGCACCGGGAGGCCCUGCGGUCGCUGGCCGACCUGCACCCCGACGCCAGCCGCGUGCUGGCGGCCAAGGCCGGGGCGGGCUGCGACGGCAUCGCGCACACCGAGGGCAUCCUGGCCCGCACGCCCCGCGACGCCGCCGGCGCGCUGUCCAGCCUCAAGCGCGCCAACGCCGACGUGGAGAUCAUCACGCCGCGCAGCCCGCUGGGCAAGGAGAACAUGGUGACCUUCAGCAACACGCUGCCGCGCGCCAGCACGCCGUCCGGGGAGGACCCGGUGCGCCGCCACGCCAGCAUCCACGCCUCCAUGGACUCGGCGCGCUCCAAGCAGCUGCUGAGCCAGUGGAAGAGCAAGAACGAGAGCCGCAAGCUGUCCCUGCAGGUCCUGGAGCCCGAGCCGGGCCAGUCGCCGCCCCGCGCCGUCGAGAUGCGCUCCAGCUCGGAGCCCGUGCGCGUGGGCGUGAACGGCGACCACCACGGGCCGGGCGCCCAGUACCUCAAGAUCCAGCCGGGGCCCGGGCCCGUGUGCAACAGCGUGCCCGGGGGGCCCCGCGUGUCCAUCCAGUCCCGCCCCGCCUCCUCGCAGCUGGUGCACAUCCCCGAGGAGGCGCACGAGGCCCUGGGCGCGUCCCCCAAGAGCAGCUCGGCGCGCGCCAAGUGGCUGAAGGCGGCCGAGAAGAGCGUGGCCUGCAGCCGGGGCGGCGGCCAGCCGCGCAUCAUGCAGGUCAUCGCCAUGUCCAAGCAGCAGGGCGUCCUGCAGGGCGGCCCGCCGGGCGCCGACGGCGGCGGCAGCGGGGUCCCCUGCGCCGGCUCCAUCCGCUACAAGGCGCUGGCGGACCACGAGCCGGGCGGCGGCGGCGGCGGCGGCGGCAUCGUGCGGGUGGAGGCGCACCCCGAGAACAGCCGGCCGGUCAUCCAGAUCCCCGCGUCCACCGAGGGCGAGGGCAGCGGCUCCUGGAAGUGGAAGGCGCCCGAGAAGGGCAGCCUCCGCCAGACGUACGAGCUCAACGACCUGAACCGGGACUCGGAGAGCUGCGAGUCGCUGCGGGACAGCUUCGGCUCCGGGGACCGCAAGCGGGGCAACAUCGAGGGCGGCGAGCACCACCACCAUCACGCCGUCACCACCAUCCGCGUCACCCCCGUCGAGGGCAGCGAGGGCGGCUCCGAGACGCUGUCCGUCUCGUCCUCGCGCGACUCCACGCUCCGCCGGAAAGGCAACAUCAUCCUGGUCCCGGAGAGGAGCGGCAGCCCCGAGCACACGAGGAACAUCUUCUACAAGGGCACCUCCCCCACGCGCGCCUACAAGGACUGA